AUGACGUUACUGUGCUCCUGCCUUGCUUACGUUGGGGCCUUGUCUGUCACGGUGGUCCUCUACCGUCUCGUGAAUUUUGUCUACGUCAACCUGCUGGCCUCGAUGGACUUGAAGCGCAGGUACGCGAAGGCUGGCGACUGGGCCAUCGUCACCGGUGCGACGGAGGGCAUUGGCUACGCCAUGACGAUGGAACUCGCGCGUCGUGGGUUUAACGUGUGCGUCAUUGCCCGCACCCAGUCGAGCCUUGACGAGGUCGUGGCGGAGGCCAAGAAGAAGGGUGUGAAGGGGAAGGCUGUGGCCUUUGACUUUGCCGCCGCGGACGCGACCGCGUACAAGCGACUCUUUGCGGAGCUUGACUCCCUGGAAGUGGCCGUCCUCGUGAACAACGUCGGCGUCAACUACCCCUACGCCAACUACUUUGACGAGGCGGAGGUGGAGGAUGACACACGAAUGCUGAAGGUGAACUGCGAGGCCUCACUGCGCAUGACGCGCUUUGUUGUUCCCCGCAUGAAGGCGAAGCGCUCGGGCGGCAUCGUCAUGCUCGCCUCCGUCAGCGCCAUCACCCCGGCCCCGAUGUUGGCGGUCUACGCCGGAACCAAGGCGUUCAGCAUCUCCUUUGGCCAGGGCCUUGCGUACGAGCUCAAGUCGUUUGGCAUCGACGUGCUGGUGGCUACGCCCUCCUUCGUCGUGAGCAAAAUGACGCAAGGUGUUAGCACACGAAAACCGAGGGAGUCGUUCAUGAUGGUCAACGCUGCGGCAAUGGCGCGGCAGACACUCAACAAACUUGGCAUCGUCACCCGCACCUCCGGCCACCUCAACCACGCGUUGGUGGAGCUCAUUACAAAGGCUCUACCGGAGUCGUGGCUGGCAAACCACGUGCUGGCGCUGAAUAAGGCCGUAAAGAAGCGUGCGGAACGCCAGCGGCCGCAGUAA